AUGCGGCGACUGCCACUCUUUUGCAGACGCCCCAGUCGCUGCUGCGGCGCCACUGCUAGCGGCAGCGGCAGCAGCAGUGCCGCUGUCCUCGCCGCCUCGGCAGCGCCAUCGGUGUUGGUGUUGGCCGCGCGCGGCAUUGCGACUAGCGGUCGUGUCACGAACGAGGACCGCCGCUGGUGGCUCGUGCACCUCGAGUGCGCGCCGGAUGUGACACCCGGCACGUUCGUCUCGUGGCUCGACUGUUGUGGCACCCACACCACCAAGAAGUUGAUCGAGCGCAAUAUUUGGACCAUCGAGCAGGUAGCGGAGCUCGACUCGGACCGCGUCGACGAGCUCAAGUACAAGGAGGGCUGCCUGAAGAUGGACGUUGUCUGGGAGCACGCGCGCACCAUAAUCACUCCGCUGAAGCAGCGCGAGGUUAGCGGCGGUGUUGAGUCGCAGCUGCAGAGUCGCAUUCUGGAGCUGCGCAAGAAGCGUGAGCUGGAGCGGCAGCGCGAGUUGCUUGCGAGGGAGCGGGCGACGGUGAGCGACAAGCGUGAGGAGACGCUGCGGCGGCUACGGGAGAGCGUUGCCGCCAAGAAGGCGGCGCUGCGUAAGAAGCUGGACGAGCAGCACGGGGAGGCGACACCAGCGGCCUCGGAGAGCGCGUCGACGGAGGCGCAUAGGGGGACCGCAGAGGCAGCUGUGGAGGAUGAAGCUGUAGGCAAUAUUGUGGAUCGAAUGAGUGGUGGGAACCCACCUCGUGCGUAG